ACAACCUCGGCCCUGGGAGCGCUCGAACUUGUUUUCUGUGCCUUUUCGAAAUGUCUCGGUUCCUGUCCUGCUUCCUUUCUCUGAUACGCCCAGAUGGUCGUGACAAGGUUCUGCCCAGCUUCAGCCGGGUUCACGUCUCAUCUCGGUUAGCUGACCACACCUCGGCUGCGCCCUGGCCUCACUGACCCUGCUUCAGGCUCUCCACUGACCCCCACCUCCCCACCACCACCCGGCCCCCGGCCCCGGAUUGGCAGCAUCGCCUUACUCUGCUAGAGCCCGCUUCGCCUUGUCCUCCCAGCACCUAGGCCCUGUAGCUCGCGCCAUCCUCUCCAUCUCCUAGAUCGGAGGAUGGAGAUCUAGAAAACACCAAGUCCACCUCUUCAUUGGCUUCUGCCUCUGAUCCAGCACCCCAUUCCUCACCUCCCAGGCCACAGAUGGUAUCUCCAGGGAGUAAGGAUGCCACGGAAGAUAUACGCAAAGCAGCUGGUACCUUGGAAAAUCAGGCUUUGGUGGAACAGGAUUUACUGCCUGCAGACCAGGCCCAGGUCCUCAACAAGUGUUCUAUUAUGCAGAUGGCCAAAUACCAAGUUCCAAAAAGAUCUGGGGACAUCAUUAUGAUCCAGUCUGAGCAUACAGGAACUAUAGAUGUUCUUUCCUCUGAUUUGGAAUCUGCAGAUCUUCUGGGGGACCACAGAAAAGUCUCCCCACCUCUGAUGGCUCCUCCCUGCAUCUGGACCUUUGCUAAGGUGAAGGAAUUCAAAAGCAAGCUGGGCAAAGAGAAGAAUAGCCGUCUGGUGGUGAAGCGGGGUGAGGUGGUGACCAUCCGGGUACCCACCCAUCCAGAGGGGAAGCGUGUCUGCUGGGAGUUUGCAACCGAUGACUAUGACAUUGGCUUUGGAGUUUAUUUUGACUGGACCCCAGUAACCAGCACUGACAUAACCGUGCAGGUCAGUGAGUCCAGUGAGGAUGAAGAGGAAGAAGAAGAUGACGAGGAGGAGAUUGAAGAACCUGUCCCUGUGGGAGAUGUGGAGAGAGGUUCCAGGAGCUCCCUGCGAGGUCGCUAUGGGGAAGUCAUGCCUGUGUACCGGCGGGACAGCCACCGAGAUGUGCAGGCUGGCAGCCAUGACUACCCUGGUGAGGGCAUCUACCUGCUCAAGUUUGACAACUCCUACUCCCUGCUGCGCAACAAGACUCUCUACUUCCACAUCUACUACACUAGCUGAAGGACACUGGGACAGGGGCAGGCCAUGUUUGCUGGCUGCAGCAGGCUACGAGCUGGUGCCUCUUGUUUUGGAUUGGCAAGAGCUGAAAGUGUGUGAGGCUCCUGGGCCUCCUGCCCUGCCUGGCAUGCCUGACUUUUGGCCUCACGUAGCCUUUUCCCCUUCUUGGCUUCUGCAGUUGGUGGUGUAGAGUACCCCUGUUCUGUGGUCCCCGACUCAUGCUCUUGUUGCUUCAAAUUCCAGCAAAAUCCCUCUCUGAAGGCACCUACCAGGCAAAAGCCUGAAGGGAAGUAGAAUGUUAUCUUUUUAAAAUAGAUUUAUGUCGGUGCAAGGCUUAUCAUUCAGAUUGCUGCUUGCUCGUGUAACACCAGUGCAUUUGGUGGCACCCACCCUCUUUACUUUUUGAGGUGCCAGAAGAGGGUAAAGCACAUUGUCCACGAGGGAGCCCAGCAUCUUGGGUAGAGAGAGCUCUAUCCAGCUUCUCACCACUGCCAUAUUCCUGCCUGCCGGGUUUUCUUGGUCUCUGGAACAGUCUGGGAGACCUCACUGCCUUGGACGGAUAUUAUUAUUCGUGGUAGUUAGACUCCUUUUCUUUUCUUUUUCUUAAGUCUGUGUUUUUGCCAUACAGCAAGAACUUUCAUGCAAUCUAAAGUAGUAUCAGCGUAACCUAAGAUCUUCUGGGAAGAAAAUUGGCUUCUGUCACUUCUUAUUUCAAGAACUCUUUUUUUUUACCAAGGGUACCAGAAGUUAAAUGCAGAAAGGGUGGAGAUUAGGUACUGAAUUGAUGUCAGAACCUACCCCUUUGAAAGUCGUGUUAAUUUUUGAAAUAUAUAUAAUUAAGGUAGGAAUGAUAUUAUUUCAAAGAAAAGCUUAAAAAAAAAACCACUCCAGAUACCCCACUGUUUUUUUUCCCUCCCAUCUCUAUGGUGGGAGUGUUAUUUAGAAAUUUUGCUUUAGAACCAAAUUCAGUGCAACCCAAUUAGGUUUCCAAAGUUUCUGGACUUAGGAUUUUUGCAUUGUGGCUUAAAGUUUUUGGUGUUCAGAGACCCUAAGGAAGGUGAUAAUGAGACAUCACUUUACUGCUGAUUGUAUGUGUUCUUUACCUGACCAAAGCUUGCAUUUCCCUGGUGAAAGCCUUUCUUACUCUGUUCACUCUGAGGCUCAGGAGCACCAGGGAGUGCAGCUGGUGCCAGGGCCUCAGGUGGAGAAGGAGCACCAGGUGAGGUGAGGCCCUCGGCAGUCGAUUGUACCUCCUUGUUUCUUAUUCCUCUGUUAAGUCUGUUACUCCUUUCCAGUUUUGAAUAAUUAGAUUUAUUUAUUCCUUUCCUUAUUUAUUUUAGCAUAUUUCAUUUUGCCUUUGAAUCCAUUUCCAUCUGUUUCUCAGAAGGCUUCCCAUCUGCUCUGAGCCAGAGGCCACUGCCUUUUCAGAGUUAAAAUGAUGACUGUAGGCGAAUGUGGGAAGCCACUAAGUUCAUUCCUGCAGGUCAGUCCUGUGAGACCUUGGAAGGAGUCUGGCCCUUCAGACAUGGACAACUCUAGCCUACCCUGUAUUUAGGUACAGCCCAGACUCUCUGUGAGGAAUUCUAAGUGGUGAGGGAAUCCACGCAUUUGCUGGGAUCUGAGCGCAGAGGAACUGACCGGCCGAUCAGUGACUAGCUAAUCACUAUGAUUCUGGGAUUGUGUAGUCCUUCGCCUCCUCUGACUCCUGUCCUGGGUAGUCUCCUUCAGCUCAUGCCUUCAUUAUAUGGAUGCCUCACUUCGUCCUCCCCGUAAAGCAGUCACUGUAAGAGCAGGACUCCCUCAAUAGUUGGGUCGUAGCAUAUUGUCAGGAACAAGGGGCAAUACAUCCUGACCCCUGUCCCCCGGAAGCAAAGCCCUGAGAAGGAUAGCGUGUUGUGGAUGGCCUUAGCAUUCCUAUUCUCCCAGCAGCAUCACACUUCCAUUAUUUAAUCAUCGCAGAUGUAUUUUUUUGUUGUUGUUUGUUUGGUUUGGUUUGGUUUUUUUGCGGUACUGGGGAUAGAACUCAGGACCUUGUGCUUGCAAGGCAAGCGCAGCAGCUCUGAGCUACAUCCCCCGCCCUAUAGAUGUAUUUUGUAGAUUACACUGGCCAAAAUUUAUGUACGUUGUAAUAAAUUAUUUGAGGGACUGUUUGUGCAGUGAAAAGCAGAUUUGUUCUGCAUCACCUCAUCAGAUAGCUGGGUGAACUCUCUUUCAUCACCGAAGUUGAAUCAUGCCUUAGGUAAUUGAAUAGAAUCUUUGUUAAAUAAUUUUCUACUGAGCUGUUUUCUAGUCAGCAAAAGCCUCGCUUAUUUUUCCUAUUUAUUAUUAACUUCUGACUUUCUUUCCAAAUGGAGCUAUCAGGUCAGACAUAGUAAGCUCCCAAGGAUAAUACGUAUUAAUUUUUACUUUCACCAUGGAAUUGUCUUUGCUUAUUUUCUUUUGAAUCCUAUUUUUGUUGCAUCAGGGAAGCUAAAGACUUGUUCUCAUCACUGUCAUGUGCCUUGUACUCUCUGGCCCCUUUUGAAGUCCUGGGCAUUGUUACAUUAUAUUCCUUACUGUUUUUUUCUCAGUGGGGUUUCUUUGUUCCAGUAGCACAAAAUAGCUUGAAGAAGAUAUUUUCACUGUUGAAUGGAUUCAUUGUUCUCAUACUAAAUUUCUAAAAUAAUUGAACUUUAGGAACAAACUAUUAUUUACUGAAGCACAGGUAAUUACUGAGAACUCAUGGCCCAGCAAAUUCUAGAGGUUGUCGCUCCCUUGGUCCCUUCCUAUUCAAGUUUAUAGAACCAAUAAUGAAAAAUCAUUUGCCUUCAUGCUCACUCUGUUCCCUAGAGUACAAAUAAAUAUUAAACAGUUAAAGAAAUCGCUUCAUAGUAUGGCAGAGAUUGGAAUUCUCUACACAGAGCGGCUGGGUUCUUAAAUUUCUUUACUUUGUUUCAUUUUGCUGCUUUGUUGAGAGAUGAAACUUUUAGAAAAGAAAACUUG